AUGGCUGUCAACCAUGCUUAUGAUUGUCCUGCAGAUGAUGAAUAUCCCGGGAUGAAAGGACAACCGAUGCAACAAAUAGGAUGGGCCGCUCCACCACCGCCCGUCUACAUGAACGCUGGAGCAAACUAUGGAGGACACAAUUGUCCCCUAACCAAUGAGGGUUGGUCCACGAGAAGACAAGGCGCCAAGACUCUAAUGACCUGUUUGACAGUUCCACUCAUCAUUCUACCCAUCGCAAACUUGGCUCUUUUAAUAUGGCUUCUAAGCGAUGUGAACAAAAACGAAGGAACGAAUAAAUACAAGGACAAUGCGAAAACAUUGGUCUAUGCUGCGAUUGGAAUUGCUGUCGUUAUUCUAGCAGCAAUGAUUCUUGCUGUGGCCAUGUGCUUGAUGGGAAUCUACAAGAAGAAGCCGACUUUCAUGCAAAUUUUCAGUUGUCUUGUGAUUGCUUUUGCAAUUCUCUAUGUUCUUUCCGGAAUCAGCUCGGCGGCUAGCGGAAGCUGGGCCGGUGUCGGGGUUGCAGUUUUCAUGGUUGGUUGGAUGGUUCUCCUCUUCUUUUACAGUCGAACGGCGCAUCUUCGAAGGAUGCAUAUUUGCCCGACUUGUUAU